AUGAUUAGCAUAUUAAAGCCAAAGCCCAAUCCGCAGCAAUUACUGAGAGAUUGGCAGCGUCGCCUUCGCCAAGAGUGCCGUAAUAUUGAUCGCCAAGUCCGAGAUAUACAGAAAGAGGAAAGGAAUGUUCAGAAAGCAAUCAAAGAGGCUGCAAAAAGAAAUGACAUGGGUUCUGCUAAGGCUCUGGCCAAGGAAAUCGUGAGAUCUAGGAAAACAGUGAACCGUCUAUAUGAAAACAAGGCGCAGUUGAAUUCAAUAUCAAUGCAUCUUGGAGAAAGUGUUGCCGUUGCUCGAACAGUGGGGCAUUUGUCAAAAAGUGCAGAAGUAAUGAAGCUUGUUAAUAAUCUCAUGAAGGCUCCAGAAGUAGCUGUCACCAUGCAAGAAUUCAAUAAAGAAAUGACAAAGGCUGGUGUGCUGGAGGAGAUGGUGAAUGAUGCCGUGGACAAUGCACUGGACUCAGAAGACAUUGAAGAGGAGACUGAAGAAGAAAUCGAGAAAGUCUUAACAGCUAUUGCUGGCGAGACUGCCGCUCAACUUCCUGAUGCUGUUAGAAAAGAGAAACUAAAGCAACCGGCAACAAGUGAAGAUACUGAGGAGGUUAUUGAUGAUGAGGAAGAGAUGGAAGAAAUAAGGGCCCGCCUAGCCAGGGUCCGAUCGUAA